AUGGCCGAAACGCAAACCGGAAAGCGCGUGAAGUACCUUCAAAGCGACAAUGGGGGUGAAUACAAGUCCGACAAGCUGGCACGAUUCUGCGCGGAACGGGGAAUACAACAAAGGUUCACACCCCCAUAUACUCCUCAGCUAAACGGAGUAGCUGAGAGAAUGAAUCGCACGCUGGUCGAGUGUGCGCGUUGCAUGAUGGAACACGCUGGACUGGGAAAGAGCUACUGGGGUGAAGCAGUGAUGACGGCGAUGUUUCUUCGAAACCGCUGUCCAACACGUGUCAUUCACCAAGACAAGUCUCCAUAUCAAGUGUGGACGAUGAAGAAACCGAUUCUGGCCAACCUUAAAGUGUUUGGAUGCCACGCGUAUGUUCAAGUGCCUCAAGACAAACGCGCGAAGUUCGACUCCAAGUCAUCACUCUGUCGUUUCCUGGGAUACGCCGAACACCAGAAGUCAUAUCGAUUUGAGGAAGUGUCAACAGGAGCGAUCAAGAUCAGUCGCGAUGCCACAUUCAUGGAAGACAAGUUUGAUGAAGGUCCGCGCAACUACAACGAUGAGUCAAGUGUCGUUGAGUUUGAUGAUCAUGACGAGGACGAAGAAAAAGAAGAAGGUAAAACUGACGACGACAUGGACUCGAGCGACGAUGACAACGAAGACACCAGGUCUUCGAAGAGCAACAUCAAGAGACACACGCGCACUCAAUCACUUGAGAAAGCUACCGUCAUUCCAAGUCCCAAGCGAAGAACGUACAGAGGUCCGUCGCUUGAGCAUGUGUCAGCGGCUGCAAUGGAUUUUGAAGCAGCCUACAUCGUUGAUUCAGUGGGGAAACGCCGACUACAUUCAAGUCGGCGAUGGAAUCAAGCGACUCCGGCAAGUGGAAAGAAGCGUGUGACUCGGAGUUCGAUUCGCUUCAGAGAAACGACACGUGGGAAAUCGUGCCUCUUCCGAAAGGUCGCAAGGCCAUCGGGUGCCGAUGGGUUUUUCGUGUAA